AUGGGAUUCGAGCCCGAGACAUACUUCCUCGGACCGAACAAGCACUGCCCGAACAACGACAUGCCGGUCCUGAUCUAUCGCGACUGUCUCCCUCUGCCCCUCUCCGAAGCCAAAACAACCGAGUUCCUCGAAGCGCACGCCUGGGAGAAGAAGGGGACCUGGGGCCACAUCGCAUAUCGGCAUUUCCACCCCAACACGCACGAGUGCUAUGGCGUUUUCCAGGGCGAAUCGAGGAUCUUGGUCGGCUGCGGCACCAACGACACGGCCGGGGGCGAGGAGAUCGAGGUGCACGCCGGAGACGUCAUUGUCCUCCCGGCGGGGACGGGCCAUUGCUCACUUCAAAGCAGCAAGGAUUACAGGUACAUUGGCGUCUACCCAGAGGGAGCCCCGAAAUGGCGCAGCGAGCUGGGGAAAGACGAGGUUGGCGAUUCCUUUAGACAGGAGAUCCAGGGGGUGGCAUUGCCGGUCCAGGACCCGGUCAACGGGUCAGAGGGGCCGUUGUUGAAGUUGUGGACGAAGACGUGAUUGAUGAUUCCUUGCUUGGAUCGAAUCUGCGGCUUCGCGAUCAGAUUGCACGAUUACGUAUCUGCGUCUCCGUAUGCGUCUCCGUAAUGCUAAUCGCGCCUUGUGCUUUAUCGUAGUCCCUAUUCAGGAUUAGUGCCU